CGACAAAAAUGAUAACCACCAAGCAUGGGGGGGAUGGAUGCACCCCCAAUUUUGCAACUUGUAACUCAUUGCUGGCCAACAAUUGAUACCUCAGAUAGGUACGGUACAUAUGUAUUGCUUCCACCAAUUGACAGCCGGAAACCCCUGCAUUUACCUCCGAGUUAUGGUUCUGGUCUCGGCCCCCGGGUUGCCAACGUUCGCGGGCAAAACAGGCGAGUGUGCCAGGGGCGAGAGGGGAAUACAUUUCCAGAUAGCCGCCAACAGCAUCUUGGCGCAGCAGUCAAUACACCAUUCAGAACACACCACUGUUUUUUUAAAGGCCUCACGCUCCUGUGGUACAAUAAUGGAAGUUUCACGUUUCGUUUCCUCGCGCCGCUCGCCCGCUUCUCAACCCCACAACCAAAAUCAAAUGACGUACCUCGUAUGACAAACUCUCUUCAUUCUUUGAAGUUAUCACAAUCCAGAACAUGCGCCUGUUGCGGAUGAACAACGAUGGAAGCUUCAGCCUGAUUGAAUUUAACAGCAGCCACAACAUCCCCAGUUUCGCGAUCCUUUCUCAUACCUGGCGAGGCGACCAUGAGCCAACCUUGCAAGACAUCAAAGAUUCAGUAGCAAACGAUUCCGCGACUAGAGACUUGCGUCCGCUGGACAAGCUCUACUUUUGCGGAGAAAGGAUCAAGAAGGACAAGCUGCAAUACUUUUGGGUCGACACCUGCUGCAUCGACAAAUCAAGCAGCGCCGAACUGAGCGAGGCCAUUAAUUCAAUGUUCAGUUGGUAUCGACGUUCAAACAGAUGCUACGUGUUCCUUACCGACGUUUCUAUUCCAUCUGAGAACGACGACUUGAACUUCAGAGAUAACCAGCUGAGACGGAGUCGGUGGUUCACUCGAGGCUGGACUCUCCAAGAGCUUCUCGCUCCUCCCGUUGUUGAAUUUUACUCCCGUGAAGGAAGCCUUCUUGGCUCAAAGAAAUCGCUGGAAAAACUGAUUUCCGAAAUCACUGGGAUCCCCAUUGCUGCCCUUCGAGGAACUCCCCUGACUUUCUUCCCCAUCAAGGACAAGAUGUCCUGGGCGGCUAAUAGACAAACAACACGCGAGGAAGAUACUGUGUACUCUCUGCUCGGCAUCUUUGACAUACACAUGCCGGCAAUGUAUGGUGAAGGAGAAGAGCAUGCGCUCCGUCGUCUGCAGUCUGAAAUUGAGAUACAUUCGAGAAACUCCAACCGGAAAGAUGCCUCAACCCCUCACCUCCCGUCCAAGCAGUGGAUCGUACCAUUUGAAAGAAACACUCGGUUCACCGAUCGCAACUCUGAACUUGACCAGCUCCACAGCAUGCUAUCCAGCGGUGACCAAUUCACCAAAGUCGCCGUUUCCGGACUGGGAGGGGUGGGGAAAACCCAGCUUGUGCUGGAACUCCUCUACAGGCUUAAAGAAAAAGGAGAGGAAUUCUCGGCAAUUUGGGUACAGGCUACCACCGUGGAAAGCUUGGAUCAAGGCUACCACGCCGUUGCGGAGUAUCUGGGCAUCUCCAAAUCAGGUGAUAAGGAUGUUGACAUUAAGAAGCUCGUGCAGAGCUUUUUAAGUGAGGAAAGUGCAAGUCCUUGGAUCCUCAUAUUUGAUAAUGCCGACGACAUCAACAUGUGGACCAACAAGCCGGAUGGAGAAGGCCAGAAAUUGUCUAGUCGAUUGAUUGACUACAUUCCGAAGCACAAAAAAGGCAAAGUCAUUUUCACAACGCGAGAUAGGAGGGUUGCGGUCAAGCUGGCCAACCAGAAUGUUAUUGAGGUUUCCAAAUUGGCCCAGAGUACAGCGAUGCAGAUGCUACAGAACUUUCUCAUCCGCAAGGAACUCGUCACCUCCAGGCCAGAUGAUGCAAAGGCGAUUCUCGCGUGGCUCACUCAUCUUCCACUCGCGAUUGCCCAAGCAGCUGCUUACAUCAACGAGAAUGGUAUCACUCUGGCGGACUACCUGACACUAGUCAAUUGCCAAGAACAAGAUACCAUUGAGCUCCUCACAGAGGAGUUCGAGGACGAUGCGAGAUAUUCAGACAUGAAAAACCCAAUAGCCACGACAUGGCUGGUCUCCUUCCAGAAAAUUCAGCAGCGGGAUCCUCUAGCAGCAGACUAUAUGUCUUUCAUGGCUUGUCUUGACCACAAGGACAUUCCACAGCUCCUCCUUCCACCUGGACCAUCCCGCAAAAGGGAGAUAGAUUCUAUCGGCACUUUGAGUGCCUACUCGUUCAUCGCCACGCGCUCCGAAGACGGGGCGCUUGACCUGCAUCGACUUGUCCACCUCGUGAUCCGGAACUGGCUCCGGAUGGAGGGUUUUCUUGCGGACUGGACUCGCAAAGCAGUCGCACGGUUAGAGGAAGUCUUCCCGGACCACGAACAUAGGAACCGGACCGUCUGGAGAGUCUAUCUACCUCACGCAAAUUGCCUGUUAGAGUCAAAUCUUAUUGACAACGACAACACCAGCAAGAUCAACCUGAAGUGGAAAAUUGCGCUUUGCUACUAUAGUGAUGGGCGCUACAGCGAGGCAGAGACGUUCCUGCGAGAAGUGAUGGAAGUCCGAACACGAAGACUGGGACCGGAGCAUCCCGACACGCUCAAGUGUAUGGCAAAGCUAGCUUUGACGUACCAUGCACAAAGCCGAUUCCAAGAAUCCAAGGCGCUUGGAUUGAGAGCAUUCAACACCCAGAGUCGCAUUCUAGGCGAGGAGGACCCAGAAACACUUUCGACUAUGAGCCAUCUCGCUAUGACAUGCAGUGACCUCUCUCAGUGGAAGGAAUCAGAAGAGCUCGAGCUCCAAGCUCUGAAACUCCGUAAGAGUGUUCUAGGUAGUGAGCAUCCAGAUACCCUUGUGUGUAUGAGCAACCUGGUCUAUCUGUAUAAUUGCCAGGGCUGGUGGGAGCGCGCCGAGCUGCUCGGAAAGGAGACCAUCACAGCGCGCAAGAAAGUGCUCGGCGUUGAGCAUCCCGACACACUCCUGAGCAUUGGCAACCUAGCACACACUUACAACAACCAGGGUCGGUACCAGGAUGCAGAAGAACUACUGGUUCAGGUGGUGCAGGCCCGCACGCAAGCGCUGGGAGAAGACCAUCCGCACACGCUUAGCGGUAUGAGCAACCUGGCCGUCAGCUACCACAACCAAGGUCGAUGGGACGAGGCCGAAGCACUACAGGGGAAAGUAGUGGUCGCACGCAAGACGCUACUGGGAGCGGAGCACUUUUCAACCUUGACGAGCAUGGCUCAUUUGUCGUCGACGUACCAAAGCCAGGGUCGUUUGACAGAGGCGGAGUUGCUCGGGUCGCAGGUGAUGGAACUGCGCAAAAAGGUACUUGGACUGGAACACCAUCAUACGCUCGCUAGCAUGAGCAGCCUAUCGUUGAUGUAUCUGGAGGACGGGCAGCUGUCAAAGGCCGAGGAGAUUGCAUUGAACGUACUGGCGAUUCGGGUGAGGGUGCUAGGUAUGCGGCAUCACCAUUCUCUUUCGAGCAUGGCGCACCUAGCAGCCAUAUACAAACAGCAAAGUCGAUUCACCGAAGCCGAAGAUUUGGAAAUGCAGAUCAUCGAGGCUCAAGAGAAGACAGAGUCCUAAUGCAGUCGUUGGAAUGUAUAUUUAUAUCCUUUAUUUGUCAAGUGGCUAUUUUCUUUUCAAAAGUCAUCUAUUUCGUUUCCUAUCUCCACUCGCUCCAAUGAUAUGAAUGCACUGUUGUUUCCUGGAUAACAUAGUAUAAUAUAUUCACAUCGAUCUGUAG